AUGGCUUCCAAAGAUGCUCACACCCUAAUUGCUGAAACCUGUGAAUAUGUUACUUUGCAUGGAAAAAGGGAUUUUGCAGAUGUGAUUAAAGUUAUGGACCUUGAAAUGACCACUUGCCACUGGGAACAAUACAGCUCAUUUUGCCUGGUUUCCUCAGGAAAGAGCUCUGCUUUUGAAAGACAACAAUGGGGAAGAGUUUGCAGGUCCCCAGAGAGCCACAGGGAUUUGCUCUGCUUGUUGUUGUCUCUGCAGUAUCUUGGAAGAUGGUAUGAAAUUGAGAAGAUCCCCGUGAGCUUUGAGAAAGGAAACUGCAUCCAAGCCGACUACUCGCUAAUGGAAAAUGGAAACAUCAAAGUGAUAAACAAGGAGAUGAGAGCUGAUGGAACCGUGAAUCAAAUUGAAGGUGAAGCCACCCAGGAUAACCUCACAGAGCCUGCCAAGUUGGCAGUUAAGUUUUUCUGGUUGAUGCCGUCAGCCCCGUACUGGGUCCUGGCCACCGACUAUGAUAACUAUGCCCUUGUGUACUCCUGUACUACGAUCGUCUGGCUUUUUCACUUGGAUUAUGUUUGGAUCUUGGGAAGAAACCCUUAUCUCCCUCCAGAAACAGUGACCUAUCUAAAAGAUAUCCUGACUUCCAAUAACAUCGAUGUGGAGAAAAUGACGGUCACAGAUCAGGUGAACUGCCCCAAGUCCCGUUAACAAGGCUCUAAAGGGAGGCUGCAUCCAGUCCAUGUCACUUUGCUUUGCUUUCCCCCCACCCCCACCCCACCCCACCCCAUCCCACUCUUCAUAAAGACAAACGAACCUGCCAUGACAAACCGUUGCAAAUACCAGAAGGGAAGUUUGACGGCAGAAGCCAAUGGAGGGAACUCAAGGAAAGUUGGCCCAAACAUGCCCCACCCCGCUACCUUGCCAGCCUAAAAAUAAACUUGUUUCUGACCUGCUCACAGUAAAU